AUGAAGUUACUCGAUAUUGGGGUGGAGGAGGGUGGUGGUGGUGUUCGCUUUGUAGGGAUUCAUGGGAUGGCUGGGGUGGGUAAGACCACACUGGCACAAGUCAUUUCUCAUAUGGUUUCUCCUCAAUUUGAAGUUAGUUGCUUUCUUUCUUGUAAAGAAAAAGAUGAUCAAGAUACAUCCGGAUAUAUGAGGAGAAUUGAUCGUUCUUUGAAUGCUUUACAAAACAAGCUUAUUUCUAAGAUCCUCAUGGGAGAAGAAAUAAAUAGAAUGGAUGAUUGUGAUCGAGUCUGUGUGAUAAGUAGCAGAGUAAGACAACGAAAGGUAUUUCUUGUUCUUGAUGAUGUGGAUAGUGAAGAACAAAUAGAAGCAUUAGCAUGGAGCUCCGAUUUGUUUGGUGAAGGGAGUAGAAUCAUUUUAACGGGUAGAGAUGCUCAUUUCUUGAAUAGGCAUGCGACUGCUAGUGCUAUCUAUGAGGUGAAGUUGUUGAAUGACAAUGAAGCUUUGCAGCUCUUUUGUUGGUAUGCAUUCAGGCAACCCUAUCCUACAGAAGAUUCUGAGAAAGUGUCUCUGGAAUUUGUGACUUAUGCUCAAGGCCUUCCUUUAGGUCUUAAAGGUUUUGGGCGCAGCGUGCAUCAGCGGUCAUUAUAUGAAUGCAAAGCUCGUUUGGAAAAACUGCGAGUAACUUCAUCCUGGUUGUCCACAAUUGAAAGCCCACUAGAACUCUGUUUGUCUAAACUGGAUGAUGUAGAAAAAGAAUUAUUUUUAGAUAUUGCGUGUUUCUUCAAAGAAUCAGAUUUAGUUAGCAUAACACAUAAACUAGAAAGUUUUGGUUACUUUCCAAACGCUAGUAUUGCCACUCUCAGGGACAAUUCUCUUAUAAACACCUCAAGGGGCAUAUUGUCAAUGCAUGGUUUGAUAGUAAAAUGGGGUCAGGAAAUAGUUCAUGGGAAAUCCCCAAUGGAGCCCGGUAAACGCAGUCGAUUGUGGCAUUGGGAGGACGUACUUCACGUGUUGCAGAAUAAUACCGGAACUGCUGAGGUUCAAGGCAUGGUCCUGGACUUCCCAAAUAAUUGGAAAGGGAAACGAUUGAGACUGCAUGUGGAUGGCUUCUCAAAUAUGACAAGACUGAGAAUGCUUAAGAUUGGCAAAAUUGGUUGUGUAGAAAACGUUUCUGAACUUUAUGCUAAGUUAAGCACUCUGGUAUGGCGUGGGAAACUUUCAAAAUUCGUGCUACCCGAUGAAUUACGCAUUAUAGAAUGGUGUGGAUGUCCUUUAAAAUCCUUGCCGUAUCCUCUACAAUCCUUGCCGGCCGAAUUUGAACCAGUCAAGCUUGUUGAACUCAGCAUGCCUUUUAGCCCCAUCAAACAAUUGUGGACGGGUGAUAAUAAGAGUUUAGAGGAUUUGAAAAUCAUUAACCUGCGUGGCUCUCAACACUUGAUCGAGAUUCCAGACUUCACCGAAAUCCCAAAUCUUCAGAGACUAGAGCUUGAAGGUUGUACAAAUUUGUCUAAGGUCCAUCCAUCUAUUGGAUUUCUUAAAUGCCUUAAACGAUUGAAUUUACGAAAUUGCAAAAGUCUUAAAAGCCUUCCAGACAUGGUCAACUUGGAAUCUCUUGAGUUUUUUAAUCUAUCUGGCUGUUCAAGGCUCAAGGCGUUUCCAGCCAUCCGAGGAAAUAUGACAUCUUUGUGGAUACUUAAAUUGGACGAGACUGCUAUAGAGGAAUUACCGUUAUCAUUUGAGGGUUUAUCUGGUCUUCAAACUCUGAGUUUGGACAACUGCAGAAACAUCUCAUCUUUUCCGAGUGUCAUCUCCCGUUUGUCAUCUCUUGAAAUUCUCGUGUUAUCCCAUUGCUCAAGACUUUUUGAGCCAGAUAAAACUGCUAUAACACAAUUACUUCCGAAGAGCUGCAAAGAUUUAUCCUUCCAUUGUCACUUGUUGCCGAAAGAAAGCUUAGAUCCCAACACAUAUUUGCUCCUUAAUUCAUUAUCUGAUUUAAGCUCUUUAAUAUUCUUAGAUCUGAGUUAUUGCAAUCUAUCAGAUGGAGCAAUACCCAAUGAUCUUGGUCACCUAUCCUCACUUGAGAUUGUAAACCUGAGUGGGAACAAGUUUGCGAGAAUACCAGAUAGCAUUUGUCAGCUUUCCAAUCUUGAAUCACUUUACUUGAGAAAUUGCAGCAGGCUUCAAGCAUUGCCAAAGCUUCCAUUGAGUUUAAUAUACUUGUAUGUUGAGAAUUGUCCAUUGCUGGAAAUGUUUUCUGACCAAACAUACUUGAGGACUUUAAGUGAUAUAUUGACGAUCACCGAUUGCUCCUUAGCAGCAUUGUAUAUUGAUUAUGAUGGUGGCAGUCCCUGCAAUAUUUUACAAUUGGACCUACGAAGACAUUUACAGACCGAAGGCUAUUGGAGAAGAUUCUUUGGUACCAAGGUCAUAUGUGGGUCGUGGUUGGGACCUGGAAUCCCAAAGUGGUUCAACAACAAAAGUGCUAGUUCCUCUGUAAAACUUGAGAUGCAUCCAGAUUUGAAUGAUAACAGGGAGUGGAAAGGAUGUGCUCUGUUUGUUGUUUAUGAAGUCCAUGAGCAUGAAAAGUCAAAUUCUAUGAUUUUUGAGAGCACUGAUCAUCCUACUCUUCAUCACUUUGAUUAUCAUUUUGGGACCGACAAAGGACGUCUAGAUAUACCCUUUCUCCUCCCUGUCCCUAAAGUAACAUCUGUUGGGGCAACUGGAUUUUGGGUGUAUAUACCAGCUAAAUGCUUUUUGGAACAGUCGAAUAAAUUGGAUGGAUGCAGCUACAUUGAGGCUUUAAUUUUAUCAGAUAGCUUGGUUGUGGAGGUGAAAGAGUGUGGGAUGCGUCUGGUAUGCAGUGAGCAUGAUGCUUUGGAAUUCUAUGAAGCUUUGAAUAUUAUUGGUCAUGGUUUGGAUUUAGAAACUUAUCAUCCUCCUUUAUAUCGUUUAUAA